GGGUGUGUGACAGAUGAUGAGUCACUAUAAAUCACUCAGCAAACAGAACUGUGGUCAUAACAUUGUGCUGGAUUAUGGUUUCAUUUGGAUACACUGAAGUGAUCCAACAAGACAUUCUCUUUUGCGCCAGUAGAUGUUGUGCUGGGACAUAAAAAUCAGUGAAACUUCCUCUUAAACUACAGCAGGUGAAAGAGCAGCUGAGAAGAAAGGAUAAGACCUUUUAUAUUUUGGAUUUAUUUCUGACUGCAUCAUCAUGUUUCUGAUUUCAUCGCAUCUGCUGUUGUUCUUAUCACUCCUGGCUCAAUCCAGAGCACAAACAACAAUAGACACUACAGAAAUCACCACUGAAAUCCUCACGACCACAACCCCAGAGACCACCACUGAAAUCCCCACAACCACAGCCACAGAAACCACCACUACAAACCCAGAGACCACCACCGAAAUCACCAAUACAACCCCAGAUACCACCACUGAAACCACCACUGUAGACACCACUACAAUUCCAGUAACCACCACAACCCCGGAGACCACCACAGAAACCACUACAGAAGAGACCACCACCACUACCACCCCAGAAACCACUACAGAAGAGACCACCACCACCACCCCAGAAACCACUACAGAAGAGACCACCACCACCACCCCAGAAACCACUACAGAAGAGACCACCACCACCACCCCAGAAACCACUACAGAAGAGACCACCACCACCCCAGAAACCACUACAGAAGACACCACCACCACUGAGAGCACCACCAUUGCAUCAACUACUGCAUGGACAGCCCCGGCAAUAUUCUACCCAUUCGGCUCAGCAGCAGGAGACACUGGAUAUACUGAAGUUGGCUAUGAGUCCUAUCAAUAUGUGACCUUCUCUACUCCAUUUACAUUCUUUACCCGCAAUUACAGCAGCAUUUAUGUCAAUAAUAAUGGACUCCUUACGUUCAACCAACCUUUACCAGAAGCUAACCCUGUACCCUUUCCCUCAAAUGGAAAUGAAGAUUACAUUGCUGCGCUCUGGACCGAGCUUGAUGACAUGGGUUAUGGCAAUUACUGGUUUCAUGAGUACAUAAAUGGAAGUGUGCUCGACCGGGCCACUAAGGAUAUAAACCAAUAUUUCCCAGAUAGGGGCUUCGCUGCUUCUUGGGUCUUUGUUGUCACAUGGGACUACGUGUUUACAACAGAUUUUUAUACACUUAAUAAUCACUUAGGACAGGCAAUUACGUUUCAAGCAGUUUUAAUUUCCGGAGGUGGUUUUUCUUUUAUUCUAUUGAAUUACGGUGACUGUGCUGGUACAUAUUUUCCAGUGGAGGCUGGAUAUGAUACCAUUGGCUCCACUGACUACCAUGUCAUCCUUUAUGGAAAUCCUGGCUACUCCAUCUCAAACCUCAAGAACACGACUAAUGUAAAUCUUCCUGGUCGUUGGGCUUUUCUUGUGAACAACGGGACAGAAAACGUCAUAGGACUUCAAAUGAAACUUAGGUCAUAUUUAGACCUAACACAGACUCAAAGCAUGGAGGGUGUGUUGCAGCUAAUAAAAAAGGAGCUGGUCAGUCAAGGAAUGUCAAGUUCAGUUGGGCUGAAAAUAAGAAAAGUCCAAAGGACAUGGCCGUGAUACAAGAAAAGGAUAUAAAACUCCUUUGAAAGUUGUUUUUUAUUAAAGAUGUAUGGACCGAAAUUGAGGGAAAUGUCACUACACAACAGCAAAAUUGCUUUAUAUUCUCAACCUUCUCAAAAAUGAUCAACACACAAGUAUAAAUGAGUAUGAAAUGAAUCCUCUUCAUUGAUCCUCUUUUUUCUACUAUCAAAUACUGUGAACGAAUACAAGUUUCAGGGAAGUGAACAAAUCAACCUGUAUAAUAUGAGAACAAUGUAAUUAAACCUGUUCUUCACCCCACA